AUGUCUCCGAUCCUGCUGCUCUCGCUGGCUGCAACGACCAGUGCCGCAUGGGUGGAGGACACGUUCUUCACCAACAACGCACCAAGUUGGAGGAAGUUUGCGAUGACCACUGACGGCUCCACCAUCGUUGGUGCAGGGCACAUGUCUGCUUGGGUCAGCACAGACAACGGAGCCAGCUGGGUCAAGCGUAUGAUUGAUGGUAAGUGGGAAGGCGUUGGCAUUUCAGCUGAUGGCUCUAAAAUGGUGAUGGGUGGAAUUGAGAUCAACAUGUUCAAGAGCGACGGUGGGGGCAACUUCCAAACGGGCUGGAAUGACGCUCAGCUUUCCAGCGCCACCUCCCAAAAGCUGCGUGACCUCGCCAUGUCCUCCGAUGGCAACAUCAUUGUCUCCGCCGGUGACACUAGUGAUGUGGAUGCACAGACCUGGACACAGGGCAGCUUCCGAAGCACCGAUUUUGGCGCCACCUGGAACCAGAUCUCGACCACUCCCAUGACGGGCAUCGCCAUGUCGGCCAAUGGUAACGUGAUCGCGGCAGUGACCCCAACCAGCAACGCAGGGGUGCUGGUCAGCACGGACGGAGGUACCACUUGGGCCACCAACACGCCUUCGGAAUCCACGACCUUGACCGCCAUUGCCAUGUCGUCCGACGGUUCGAUCAUGGCGGCAACUGGUUAUGGCAACAACGGCGGCAUUUGGACCAGCACUGACACUGGCUCCACUUGGACACAU